AUGGGCCGGUUCAACGAGGCCGUGAACCCGGUGUACCGAUGCUUCCGGCCCACGGAGACAGCCUACAAGAUAAGCCAUGAAACGAUCACCAACCUUGCUGCUUAUCUGCUCAGUUAUCUCCUGCGCGUCUGCAGAGCAGCCUUCAGCCGAGAUUGCAUGGUUGGGAUCGUUCACUGCCAGGCAGACUGCAAGGCAGCAUCGCUUGUCUUGGUCGACGAGAUUGUUCCUUUCGCUCAUAUCACAGGCAAGAUGAGCGCUAGACAGACUUCUAGUAUCUACUCGGACAUCUUCGAACUCGACGAUUUGCUCUAUAGAAUAUCCAAGCAGGCAGAUGAGCAGCAUGGAGAAGCAAUCAGCUCGCUGGAGAAGGAGAAAGGCAUCCUGAAGAUAGAGAUUGCAGCGUUGCAAAACUCCUGCGGGACGAUACAUGACACCCUGCAGCGAAUACGCGAGCAGGUGACACGCCUGAAGCAGGGCUUAGACAAAACGGUGUCCUCGAUGAAAACAGAUAGGAUCAGAUACCUGGCAAACUGCACGGCAUUUUAG